UGCUAAAUCUCCACCCUUCCUUCCUUAUCGUACCACCUCCCUCCUCCAUAUCUCUAUCUUUCUCUAUUUCUGGUGGAUUAUGAGAGAGAAUAGAGAGAGAGCUUCAAUUCAAUCCUCUUUAAUGGUGAACAAGUUCUCUUCCUUAUCGACUCUCUGAACUCUCUCUCUCUCUCAUACAUCUUUAUAUGUUUGGCUCAUAUUUAAUGCAGCAUUAAAGAUCCUUCUCUAUCAAUCCUUCAUUAUUAUUGGAGUUCUCUGACAUAGUUGAGCUCUUGAAGUUUUAACUCACUUCAUCGAGCUACAGAUGGCACCAAAGAAUGGCCGUGGGAAGUCAAAAGCGGAUAAGAAGAAGAAAGAGGAGAAGGUUCUUCCCCUCGUAAUUGAUGUAACUGUGAAGCUUCCGGAUGAGACUCAUGUUGUUUUGAAGGGAAUAUCAACAGACAGGAUCAUUGAUGUUCGUCGGCUAUUGUCUGUGAACACAAUUACUUGUAGUAUCACCAAUUUUUCAUUAUCCCAUGAGAUAAGAGGACCGCGAUUAAAAGAUACGGUCGAUGUCGCCGCACUCAAACCAUACGUGCUCGCUCUAAUAGAAGAGGACUACGAUGAAGAGAGCGCCACGGCGCACGUUAGAAGGGUGCUGGACAUUGUGGCUUGCACGACGAGCUUCGGUCCGUCGGCGAUCAAGGAAUCUAAUGCCGAGUCCGGUAAGAAUGCGCGGGGUGCGCAGGAUACCAAGGCGGCGAAGAAGUCCGGCAAGUCUCCGGCGAACAACAAGAAGUCAUCAUCGCCACCGUCAACGCCGCCGCAGUCUCCGAAAGAUGUGUCGGUGGAGGGAGAGGGAGAGAUGAGCAAUUCGUGCCCUAAGCUGGGUAGCUUCUACGAGUUCUUCUCUCUCUCUCAUCUCACACCCCCUCUCCAAUUUAUAAGGAGAUCAACAAGACAACAUGAUGAUGAGAUUUUAGUGGAUGAUCAUCUUUUCUCCCUCGAAGUGAAGCUCUGCAAUGGAAAGCUGUUUCUUGUUGAAGCGUGCAGAAAAGGAUUCUAUAGUGUUGGGAAGCAGCAGAUUCUUUGUCACAACCUUGUUGAUUUGUUACGACAACUUAGUAGAGCUUUUGAUAAUGCCUAUGACGACCUCAUGAAAGCAUUCUCAGAACGAAACAAGUUUGGGAAUCUUCCCUAUGGCUUCAGAGCCAACACAUGGCUCAUCCCUCCCAUUGCAGCACAAUCACCAUCGAUAUUCCCUCUUCUUCCUGUCGAGGAUGAAGCAUGGGGAGGAAAUGGCGGUGGCCUGGGCAGAGAUGGCAAAAGCGAGUUAUUACCUUGGGCUAACGAGUUUUGGUCUCUUUCAUCUAUGCCUUGUAAGACAGCAGAGGAGAGGCAGAUCAGAGAUAGAAAAGCUUUCCUUCUUCACAGCCUAUUUGUAGAUGUUGCCAUUUUCAGAGCAAUUUCAGCUGUGCGGCAUGUAAUGGGAAGAUCAGAAUUGACCCAUCCAGUCGCAAACUGUGAAAUCAUUUAUAGUGAGAAAAUAGGGGACUUGAGCGUCACUGUCAUGAAAGAUUCUUCAAGUGCAAGUUCUAAAGUAGAUACUAAGAUUGAUGGAAUUCAAGCAAUUGUAUCAGAUGAAAAGAAUUUAGUAGAAAGAAACCUACUGAAAGGAAUCACUGCAGAUGAAAACACUGCUGCCCAGGACAUUGCCACUCUAGGUGUUGUUAAUGUGAGAUACUGUGGUUACAUUGCUGUAGUUAAAGUUGAGGGGGAAGACAAUGUCAAAAUGAGUUCUCCAUCACAAAGCUCUGAAUUUCUUGAUCAGCCAGAAGGCGGUGCCAAUGCCCUCAAUAUUAACAGUUUAAGAUUUCUUCUUCACAAACAAGCAGUUUCAGAAGACAUCAGAGCAGCACCAAAUUCACAAACUUUGGAAUGUGAAGAGCUCAAUUCUUCCCAAGUUUUUGUGGAGAGAUUAUUGGAAAAAAGUCUUGCUAAGCUUCAGGAAGAGGAAGUAGAAGGGGACAUAUUUGUGAGGUGGGAACUUGGAGCCUGCUGGAUUCAACAUUUGCAAGAUCAAAAAAACACGGAAAAGGAUAAGAAACCAUCGAGUGAGAAGCCCAAAAAAGAGAUGAAGGUUGAGGGACUUGGAACACCUCUUAAAUCCCUUAAGAACAGCAAGAAGAAUUCAGAUGGAAGUAAUAUGAAACUACAGUCCGAUAGCUCAAAUUCUGCUGUAGUUGUUGUCAAUGGGGAAGCAGAAAAUGCCAUAUCACCUUCUCUACAAUCUCAGCUAGAGACAAAUGCCAAUGAAAAUGAACUUGUCCUAAGGAGGUUGUUGUCUGAUGCUGCUUUUACUCGUUUAAAAAAUUCGGAAACUAGUCUUCAUUGCAAGUCUGUCCAAGAGCUAACUGACUUGUCUCAGAAAUAUUACAAUGAAGUUGCUCUUCCAAAACUGGUUGCAGAUUUUGGUUCCUUGGAACUCUCACCAGUUGAUGGUCGGACUCUGACUGAUUUCAUGCAUACCAGAGGACUUCGAAUGCGUUCCUUGGGACAAGUGGUUAAGCUUUCAGACAAGUUAUCACAUGUGCAGUCUCUCUGUAUUCAUGAGAUGAUAGUACGAGCUUUUAAGCACAUUCUGCAGGCAGUGAUUGCCGCUGUUGUUAAUACUGAGGAAAUUGCUGUGGCCAUUGCUGCUACAUUAAAUCUGAUGCUUGGAGUUCCUGAAAAUGGGCAAUUAAAUCAAUCCUGUAACAUUCAUUCUCUUGUCUGGAGAUGGCUGGAAGUAUUUUUGAAGAAGAGAUAUGAAUGGGAUCUCAGCAGCUUAAACUACAAAGAUGUGAGGAAAUUUGCAAUUCUCCGUGGCUUAUGCCAUAAGGUGGGUAUUGAACUGGUUCCCAGAGACUAUGACAUGAAUUCUCCAAAGCCUUUCCGGAAAGUCGACAUUGUCAGUCUAGUACCAGUGCAUAAGCAAGCAGCAUGCUCAUCUGCAGAUGGACGACAGCUCUUGGAAUCAUCAAAAACAGCUUUAGAUAAGGGAAAACUUGAAGAUGCAGUCAGUUAUGGGGCAAAGGCUCUUGCAAAGCUGGUAGCAGUUUGUGGUCCCUACCAUCGAAUGACAGCAGGAGCUUAUAGCCUUCUUGCUGUGGUUUUGUAUCACACGGGAGACUUCAAUCAGGCCACAAUUUAUCAGCAAAAAGCCUUGGAUAUUAAUGAGAGAGAAUUAGGACUUGAUCAUCCAGAUACAAUGAAGAGCUAUGGGGAUCUUGCUGUGUUCUAUUACAGACUUCAGCAUACAGAGCUAGCUCUUAAAUAUGUAAAGCGUGCACUCUAUCUGUUACAUCUCACAUGUGGCCCAUCACAUCCGAACACUGCUGCAACAUACAUCAAUGUCGCUAUGAUGGAGGAAGGCCUGGGAAAUGUGCAUAUUGCUCUUAGAUAUCUCCACAAAGCUCUGAAGUGUAACCAAAAGUUACUUGGCCCAGACCACAUUCAGACAGCCGCAAGUUACCAUGCUAUAGCAAUUGCACUCUCAUUGAUGGAAGCUUACCCUUUGAGUGUUCAGCAUGAGCAGACAACCUUGCAAAUUCUCCGAGCUAAGCUGGGUCCAGAUGAUCUGCGAACGCAGGAUGCCGCUGCUUGGCUUGAGUACUUUGAGUCCAAGGCUUUUGAACAGCAAGAAGCUGCACGGAAUGGGACUCGAAAGCCUGAUGCAUCCAUAGCCAGCAAAGGACAUUUAAGUGUGCCAGAUUUGCUUGACUACAUCAAUCCAAGUCAUGAUGCCAAAGGCAAAGAUGCUGUGGCCAUAAGGAGGAAAUCCUAUAUUAUGAAGAUGAAGGAGAAAUCUUACCAAAACUUCAGCUUUUUGAGUUCUGAGGAAUCUCCAAAAGAUACCCUCGAAGAUUCUUCAGAUGAAAAGAAACUAAUUCCCGAACCCAAAGGUGACACAAAUGUGAAUGAUGAAACUGCCUGUCCACCAGUUAAGCACGUGGACGAAGAAACUACUGAGAAGAAGCCAGUUCAGUUCAAACAGCUUGUGAUGGAUGAAACUGCUGCAGAAAAUCCCAUAGUUGCCGAUAAUGUUUUAGCCGAGCCACAUGCUGAAGGAGAAGAUGGGUGGCAGCCAGUUCAAAAACCAAGAUCGGCAGGCUCAUAUGGGCGACGACUAAGGCAGCGCCUAGCAACGGUCAGCAAGGUCUAUGGUUAUCCAAAAAAAGAUGUCGUUUCUGAAUCGGAUUAUGCUAAACUGAAGAGUAACUACCAAAAUACUAGGUAUUACCUUCUAAAGAAGCGAACGGUGUCUCCGGGAAAUUAUGCAGAUUACCACACAGCGAAGAGUCCCUCCCCGAGUACCAAAUUUGGGAGAAGAAUAGUCAAAACUGUAACAUAUAGAGUCAAGUCCGUACCUUCAUCUACUAAAGAUGCUGCAACAGAGGUCUCCAGAAAAGUAGGCGAGGCAUUCAGAUCUCAAUCGGAACCUGGUCCGGUAUCUGCAACAAAGGAAGUUGGACAAAUAUCCCAGAAAAGUUCGAUAGUUAGCCUUGGAAAAUCUCCUUCGUACAAGGAAGUUGCGCUGGCCCCACCAGGUACUAUUUCUAUGUUGCAAGUUAGGGAGUCCCAGAACGAUAUUCCCGACAACAAAGAGCUGAGUGUUGUAAAACGUGGGUUGGAAACAAAUGAAGCAAAAGAAAAUGCCAACACAAUAAGAGAGGCUGAAAAUAUAACAGAAGAGAAAUUUGAGAAUUUGGAGUUAGAUUCCAAAGAUGACUCGAGCGGUGGAGUUGAAUCUGUUCACAAGAAGGAAGAAAAUGAGUUGAACAAUGUGGUGGGGGAUAAAGAUUCGGAGAUUGAGUCUGCAAGUGAGGAAGUGGUUCAAGUGAUUGCUGAAGUGGUUGAUCAACCACUUGAUCAAGUGGUUCAUGAGAGCAUUCAAGCCGAUGACAUUCCAAAUUCAAUUGAUGUUCCCAAAGUUGAGAUAUGUGAAAACAAUGCAUCUAGUGGCCCCAAAUCUGACAAUAAUUCAAAUUCUGCCCUGCAUGUAUUUGAGGAGUUAAAGGAAAGAUCAGGCGAUCCUCGGGAAUUUCCCAACAAGAAGUUGUCGGCAUCGGCCGCUCCAUUCAACCCAUCACCCUGUGUUGUACGUGCCGCACCGGUGGCAAUGAACAUUACGCUCCCUUCUCGCCCCGGUGCUGUUCAAGCUGUUGGCCCUUGGCCGCCGAUGAACAUGACUCUUCACCCUGGAACUCCUACGGUCUUACCCACUGUUAGUCCAAUGUGCUCCUCCCCACAUCACCCAUACCCGUCACCUCCACCAACCCCAAACAUGAUACACUCAUUGCCAUUUUUGUACCCUCCCUAUACUCAACCCCAAGCUGUGCCUCCCACUACCUUUCCUAUGACUAGUAGUCCAUUUCAUCCCAAUCAUUUUGCUUGGCAAUGUAAUAUGAACCCUAAUGAAUACAUGCCUAGUACUGUUUGGCCUGGCCUCCACCGAAUGGAGUUCCCUGUCUCGCCAACUGUUGUUGAACCAAUUGCUAAUCCCAUUUUGGAGGCAAAGGAACAAUUUGACAAUUCUGAGAACCCGAGUUUGGCUCCAACCUUACCAGUGGAUGUUGCCAAUGGGGAUGAAGCUAAGAAAGAAUUGAAUCUUCCAGCAUCAGAGGCAGUGGAAAACACAAAUGAAGUGGCUCUGAUUAUAUCAGAAAACAAGAAAGAAAUUGUCGGUUCAAAUUCAAUUAGCGUUCUAAGUUCUGGGAAUGAACUGAAUCACUGUAACACUCUUGAUGAUAAUUCUGGAAGCAGUUGCAAUAAUCAGGUGUCAAGACACCCUUGGAAAAUUGAUAGCGAGAAAACCCUCAACAUUUUGAUUAAGGGAAGAAGAAACCGAAAGCAGACCUUGCGAAUGCCAAUAAGUUUGCUCAAGAGACCGUACAGUUCACAGCCUUUCAAAGUUGUAUAUAGCAGAGUGGUCCGAGAGAGCGAAGCUCGCUAGUUUUCCAGCUUUUCUUCAAAUGAAAACAGUACAGCUAGUGCCAAGUAGGGCAAUUUUUUUUGCUGUUACCGGUUAAGAAUAUCAGGAUGGUCAAGAGAGAGUCGAAGAUAUACUCCUUUAUUGUAUACAAUUAAGAUGAUAGUACCUUCUAGUUUCCAGCAUUCAACUAGUUUCAAAUUUCCUUGAUAUGUUACACCACUUCAUGGACAAAUGCAGAAUACUAUGAUCUCCUAACCUACUAUACCAACAUAUCAUGACCAACAUGCAGCUGCACAAUGUACAAAAAUUUCUCACUGCAAAUAAACUGUCAAUGGAGGAACUCUGGACUGUCUUUUUAACAUCAGGUUCACAACAGGAAAUUUACUUUUGGGAUUUGAAAGGUCUUUUUAGGCGGGGAUGACUCUGAUUCAUAGUUUAGUUAGGAAGUUUUGAUGUUUUUGUUCUUGACAAUGAAAAACUGAGUUAUUUUAUUUCGGAUGAUCAAUUUCAUUUAAUUGUAUAUGACAUCGAAUAAUCUUUUCUUUUUUUGAUAGCAUGUUGGUUAUUGACAUAAUCCAUCCGCAAGUUGACUAACCUGUUUCAUUA